UUUUUUUUUUUUUUGAAAAGUAGCAUCGUUCAAGCUUGAUUUAUCCGCAUACUCAGAGCAUCGUGGAUUACACACUUGUUGGAAACGUAAAAGCCGGCAUGCGGACUAAGAGAGAUUUAUCACAGCAGGAUUUGUAAAGGGUCGUUUUAACCAGGAUCUUGUUUUAACUCAUCGAAAUUUGUAAGGCGAAGUUUUUUUUUUUUCGCCACUUCUCACUUUGCAGCUGUCAGACUCGUUUGGCCUGGCAAGCUUUUAUGGACAGAGGCCUGGAGAAACUUCACUUAAUUUCAUGUGGCCGCAUGCUAACUCUGCAGCAUUUGUUUUAUCGCUUCUUUUCGCGUGAAUGUGAUCGGUUUGUAUGUUUUAAAAGAGCCCAUUCCCUUCCUAUCUCCUGAAGCUAAAUUAGCUUAGCGCAGUAACGUAUAAUCUGUUGCUACUGCUGCUGCUUUUUGUGUUUGCCAAGUUGUCAUGGACUAAUCCGACACCUCGUCCUGUUGUUGUUUUGUUUCGAAAAUGUGGCUUUUUGUCAUCUCUCGGUGUUGUAUACGAUUCAACGAGAGUGAUAUUAAGGCAGUAAGACACAAAACGUUGCUUUGAUCAAACCAGUGCUUAUUGCUUUGUGAGGGCAGAGGAAGUUAGCGAGUUAAUUUGCUAAUCUUCGCCAGUAACUCGCAUCUCCUCCACGCGUCUGAAUCAAGUUGGUCUGAUCAGUUAUGAACAUGUCUGCUGGAGAAAGUUUGACAGCUCGGUUCGAGAAGAUCGAUGCCAUGCUGAAGGAUCCCAGAUCAGAGGUCAACACAGACUGUUUGCUGGACAGUCUGGAUGCUCUGGUUUAUGACCUUGAUUUUCCAGCCCUGAGGAAAAACAAAAGCAUCGAUAACUUCUUAAAUAGAUAUAAGGACACAAUCAGCAAAAUUCGUGAGCUUCGUAUGAAAGCAGAGGACUAUGAAGUGGUAAAGGUCAUAGGACGAGGGGCAUUUGGAGAAGUACAGCUGGUGAGGCACAAAGCCACAAGGAAAGUGUACGCCAUGAAGCUGCUCAGCAAGUUUGAGAUGAUCAAGAGGUCGGACUCUGCUUUCUUCUGGGAAGAGAGGGAUAUUAUGGCCUUUGCCGACAGUAACUGGGUAGUACAGCUGUUUUAUGCAUUCCAGGACGACCGCUACCUCUACAUGGUGAUGGAGUAUAUGCCAGGCGGAGACCUGGUCAACCUAAUGAGCAACUACGAUGUGCCUGAGAAGUGGGCUCGUUUCUACACUGCUGAGGUUGUGCUGGCACUGGACUGCAUCCACUCUAUGGGCUUCAUUCACAGGGAUGUAAAGCCUGACAACAUGUUGCUAGACAAGGCAGGCCACUUGAAGCUGGCAGACUUUGGGACCUGCAUGAAAAUGAACAAGGAUGGAAUGGUACGAUGUGACACGGCAGUAGGAACUCCAGACUAUAUUUCUCCAGAGGUACUGAAGUCGCAGGGAGGAGACGGUUACUAUGGCCGAGAGUGUGACUGGUGGUCUGUAGGGGUCUUCCUGUAUGAGAUGCUUGUCGGUGACACGCCGUUCUAUGCUGACUCUCUGGUGGGCACCUACAGCAAGAUCAUGAAUCACAAGAAUGCCCUGACCUUCCCCGAUGACAGCGACAUCUCAAAGGAUGCAAAAAGCCUCAUCUGUGCUUUCCUCACAGACAGGGAGGUGCGGUUAGGACGCAAUGGAGUUGACGAAAUCAAGCGACAUAGUUUUUUCAAGAACGACCAGUGGGCAUGGGAGAACAUCAGAGACACGGCUGCUCCAGUGGUGCCGGAGUUAAGCAGUGAUGUAGACACAAGCAACUUUGACGACAUUGAGGAAGAUCGAGGGGAGGAGGAGACAUUCCCCAUUCCUAAAGCAUUUGUUGGCAACCAGCUUCCGUUCGUGGGCUUUACUUACUACCAGUUUCCUCGGGAACCAGCUAUAAAGACAAGUGACAAACGCAGCUCGACAAAGGAAGAUAAGAGUCAUUUGGAGAAUCUUCAGAAGAGAAUUUAUCAGCUAGAAGAACAACUUCACAGUGAGAUGCAGUUGAGAGAUGAGAUGGAGCAGAAGUGCAGGGCAUCCAAUACAAAGCUAGACAAGAUAAUGAAAGAGUUAGACGAGGAGAGUAACCUAAGGAAGAGUGUGGAGGCUAACAUGUCUUUACUGGAGAAAGACAAGAUCAUGAUCCAGCACAGAGCAACAGAACAACAGAGAAAGGCUGAACAGGAGGCUGAAAAACGAAGAAAUCUGGAGAAUGAGGUGUCUACUUUGAAGGAGCAGCUAGAAGACUUGAGGAAAAUGAGUCAAAACAAUGAAAAGGUCACCCAGCUGCAGAAUCAACUGAGGGAGUCCAACGACCUUCUGCGGGCUGAGUCUGACACGGUGGUGCGUUUGAGGAAGAGCCACACAGAGAUGGUGAAGUCCAUGAGCCAGCUGGAGAGCAUGAAUCGUGAGCUGCAGGAGAAGAGCCGCGCCGCAGAGAGUGUCAAACAACAGCUGGAAAAAGAGCUGCUCCAGCUCCAGACCACGCUAGACACAGAGAGACGGAGCUGCAGCCAGGGCUCAGAGGAGAUCAGAGAGCUGCAAGCUCGUAUCACAGGUCUACAGGAGGACAACAAGAACUUGAAGCACAGUCUGUCUAAAGUGGAGCUGGAGAGAAAACAAGUGCAGGACAGAUGUAACGUUUUAGAGAAGGAGAAGAACAGUCUAGAAAUCGACCUGAACUACAAGCUGAAGACUCUACAGCAGCGGCUGGACCAGGAAUCCACAGAGCAUCGCAUCACGAAGGCUCAACUCACAGACAAAUACGAGUCUAUCGAGGAGACCAAGUCAGCUGCUAUGCAUGCGGUGGAGCAGAAGGUGACGGAGGAGACCACGCUGCGGAUGCGAGCGGAGAGCAGGGUGGUGGAGGUGGAGAAGCAGUGCUCCAUGCUGGAGUUUGACCUCAAGCAGUCUGUACAGAAGAUGGAGCAGCUGAUGAAGCAGAAGGAGAGGCUGGAGGACGAGGUGAAGGAGCUGCGGGUGCAGUUGGAGCAGGAGUCCGGGAAGCGCGUGCUGGCCCAGAAUGAGCUGAAGAACUGGACGAUGGAGGCCGAGCGCCUGAAAGGAUCAGAGAAGCAGCUCAAACAGGAGAUCAACGCGGCCCUCGAGAACAAGCGCUCCGUUGAGUUCCAGCUGGCACAGCUCACCAAGCAGUACCGAGGAAACGAGGGUCAGAUGAGGGAACUUCAGGACCAGCUGGAGGCUGAGCAGUAUUUCUCAACACUCUAUAAAACUCAGGUGAAGGAGCUGAAGGAGGAGAUCGAGGAGAAGAAUCGACAAACUCAAGAGGCUCUCAGAAAAGUCCAGGACAUGUACUCAGAGAAGGAUUCGCUGUCUGCUCAGUUGGACCUGACCAUGACGAAGGCUGAGUCGGAACAGUUGGCGCGCGCGCUGCAGGAGGAACAGUAUUUUGAACUCUCUCAGGAGCACAAGAAAGCUGCCUCACGGUACAAACAGGAGAUCUCAGAGAAGGACUCGACCAUCACACAGCUUGAGGAAUCCAAUAAAACACUUACCAAAGAUGCGGAGAUCCUCAGUAAAGAGAAGGCAGAACUGAACGAGAGACUCCAAGCUCGAGAAGAAGAGUUUGCAGCAGAGAGGGAGGAGCUGGCAAGCACAAUAAAGGUCACUUACGAGAAGGCCCUUAAUAUAGAAAGAACUCUGAAGACCCAGGCGGUGAAUAAGCUGGCUGAGAUCAUGAACCGGAAGGACAUGAAGUUGGACCAGAAGAAGAGAGGCAGCACCACUGACCUGCGCAAGAAAGAGAAGGAGAACCGCAAACUGCAGCUGGAGCUCAACCAGGAGAAGGAGAAGUUCAACCACAUGGCCAUCAAGUACCAGAAGGAGCUGAACGAGAUGCAAGCGCAAUUGGCAGAGGAGUGCACGUAUCGCAACGAGUUGCAGAUGCAACUGGACAGUAAAGAGAGUGACAUUGAGCAGCUCAGAGAGAAACUCAAUGACUUGCAGCUCCGCGUGGACAACUCCAGCGUCACCAGCCUUCAGCCAGACGAGACGGACAGUAACAUCGCUGAAUCAAGGCUUGAAGGCUGGCUUGCGAUACCAAAUAGGGCUAAUAUAAAAAGAUACGGCUGGAAAAAGCAGUAUGUUGUGGUGAGCAGCAAAAAAAUUCUCUUUUACAAUGAUGAGCAAGACAAGGAGCAGUCCAACCCCUCUAUGGUACUAGAUAUCGACAAACUUUUCCAUGUGCGUCCUGUCACGCAAGGCGACGUUUAUCGAGCUGAGGCCGAUGAAAUUCCAAGAAUAUUCCAGAUCCUGUAUGCUAAUGAGGGUGAGUGCAGGAAGGAGGCGGACAUGGAGAGUGUUCCUCAGGGUGAUAAGACCAACUGCUUGCCCCACAAAGGCCAUGAGUUCAUCCCCACCCUCUAUCAUUUCCCCUCUAACUGCGAGGCUUGCUCCAAACCGCUGUGGCACGUGUUCAAGCCUCCGCCGGCCCUGGAGUGCCGCCGAUGCCACGUCAAGUGCCACAAGGACCAUCUGGACAAGAAGGAGGAUGUUAUCGCCCCUUGCAAAGUGAAUUACGAUGUGACAUCAGCUAGAGACAUGCUGCUCCUGGCCUUGUCCCAAGACGAGCAGAAGAAAUGGAUCGGCCAUCUCGGCAAGAAGAUUCCCAAGACCCCUCCAUCUACCUUCGCAAGGGCGUCUCCGCGCACGAUGUCCACUCGCUCCGUAGCAAACCAGUCCUUCCGCAAGAACCCCAAAAACAUGUCGGGCAAGCCAAGCAGGGCGCAGUCCUUUCUCCAAGCGGCAGACACAACAUCCAGUACAUGCUGACAGCAUCACACAGCCUCUCCAGAUCUUAGAUUUCUAACGGUGUAGUCGACUACCCCGUGUUUUUACAGUUGAGCUUAAUUGUGGUGACGCGUUCUUUGAAGGGGUGUGCUUUUCUGUUUACUGUGGGUUUUUGUUUACUAGAAUAGCAGGUUCUUUCCUUUACAAACUUAACCAAUUCUGGGCAAUUAAAAGGGAAUUUCCUUAAGCUGGACCCUACGGGCUUGGCUUGAAAACUUCAAAUUUCCCCUUCUUUUAAAAUUCUGUUAGAAAACCCACUCUUGAGCUCCCCCUGCUAAUGAAGUGGCAUUCAGUACAAAUGGGUCACAUGGAGCACAAAACCAGUCUCAAGUAGCAUGGGUAUAUUUGUAGCAACAAUACAUUAUAUGGGUCAAAAGUAUCGAUUUUUCUUUUAUGCCAAAAAUCAUAAUCGAUAUUAAGUAAAGAUCAUGUUCCAUGAAGAUAUUUUGUAAAUGUCCUACCGUAAAUAUAUCAAAACUUGAUUUUUGAUUAGUAAUAUGCAUUGCUAAGAACUUCAUUUGGACAACUUUAAAGGCGAUUUUCUCCAGAUUUUCAAAUGGUUGUAUCUCGGCCAAAUAUUGUCCUGUCAUAACCAUACAUCAAUGGAAAGCUUAUUUAUUCAGAUGUAUAAAUCUCAAUUUCAAAAAAUGUACCCUUAUGACUGGUUUUGUGGUCCAGGAUCACAAAUGCUCAAACACCAUCUUAUUUGUACUCAUGUUGGCAAAAGUAACACUUUAAGGGCCAGAUUUAUUAAACGGGACAAAUUAAUGUGAGAACGCAAUCCCAUAAAAGUUCCGAUAGGAGUGGAACGUUUUGCUGAUCUACUGACAAUGCUCAAAUUAAAGAUGCAGCCAGAUCAUUUCUAUAGUGACCAACACAAUCUACAAAGACCAGCACAAAUUAGCAACUAUCACAGCAAUGUUAAGUGCAGAAAGACAUGCUUUUUUGGGGCAUCAUAUGAUGGCGCAGAUACCAGUAAAUUGACUACCACAAGCCUUAGUAAAUCACGUUGCAUGAUUUAUUUAAAUACUCUCCUCCUUGUAAAUUUUGUGUCUGAAAAGGAAACUCCUACAUAUGCAUAAGCAAAUAAGGUCAGCCACAAAAAUUAUUGCCUACACAUUAUCAUCGCUAAUUUUCCUCUGUGUUUAGUAAAUCCUGGCAAGAGAGGGUUUGCACUGGUGCAAGCUGUUAGUAAAUCUGGCCCUAAUUCUAACAAGGAAAUGCAAAAGAUUUGACUCUUUGCAUUAGAAUAAUGCAAAAUGUCAAAUCUUUGAGUAAAUUGAGUAUUGAGUUAAGUAGGCAUUUUUUCCCCAUCUUUCUAUGAUGGUAACAAAACGUGAAUCACAGCAAACCUGACAAAGGAAGGACGUGUUUAAAUGUUGCAUGAAGAAAAUGAAGCUUAUUUUUAGGAUUGUUUGCAUUGUGACAUUAUUAAUACAGUAGGGCUGUGUUACAUACAUCACAUAUUCAGUAUCGGUACAGCUGUUUCUGUAUCGAUUAGGCAGCACAUGUACCUCACAAGAACAGUGUUUAAAUGAGUGAAAAAGUGCAAGGUUUCGAAUGCAUAGAAUAUAAUAUUUCUUUACAGAUCAUUUAAUCUGGCCUGCUAGUCAAUUAUCUAGAAUUUUUAUUUUUAUUUUUCAUUUUGCAUUAGUACUGGUAUAAAGUAACCAGCAGAUAUAUUGUGCUCAGGUCAUAUUCUGUGUAAAAUUAACUUUUAUUAAGUAACUUCCAGGCAUUUUGUGGUGCAAGGUUAUUUUUGUAAAGUAAAACUAAAACCAAGACAAAAACAAUUGAUCAAAAAACAUUUUUGUGAACUGAAAUAAAAUAAAAACAUUAAAAUAAGUGAAAAACUAACACGAAACUAACAACAGUUACUGAUAAACGAUAAAAACUUCUGCCUACAUCUUGUGAACAAUCUUUCUGGCUGUUUUGAACAAAUGUGCGUAAAACUACAUGCUUAUAAUUCUUCAUAAAUGAAAAGAACAUUUAAAUAUGCCUUUACUGUUAAAUGCCAUUGUCUCUCCUUAAACUCUGCCAUGUAUAUGUGGCCGUUGGUCCUUUAUAGAAGCAUUAAAAAUAAAACUUAUAGAAUAAAAUUAUUUAUAGGCCACAGAAAGCAAGCAACGAGCGCUCCUUAAGCUGUCAUUCACUUCAGCUUCAAAUUGAAUGUUGAGGCUCUGCCAUCAUUUAAAAAUGUAAAACUAUAUAAUAACCUUGUUGUGGUAAGGCAGUAUGUCCUUAAUUGUCAUGAAAAGUGCAUAAAUAUAUCUUAAUACCUAAAGGCUUCAUUUCCUUUAUGUAACACAUAAGUUGUAAUCGUUAUUACUUGUUGUUGUCACGGUUGUUUUGUCUUCUAUAGUUAAAUGUGAGCUGGACAAGCUUUUGUUAGAUUCACCCACAUUACCACAUAACUUGAGAUGUUUGCGUGAAAUUUGAUUUAUGAUUGUCUGUUUAACAUGAACCCUCAAGUAAGAAUAUGAUCCUAAACUUAAACUUUCUUACAAAUACUGGACAUUUUCUUUUUCUUCUUUC